GCCUGCGAUCUCCCAACUUCCCUCAUGAUAGAAGCUUUUUAUCCUUGCUCUGUCCUCCACAAAAAAGCGUUCUCCAAUAAAUAUAAAUACCAGGUGCUAGGUAUAUUAUUUCUUUAGUGUCCUGUACAAUUUCUACAACCCUAUAUAGUUGGGAGCUCCCUUCCACACCUUCCGAUCGUUUUUAAUCUUUUCUUCGGCCAUAUCAUUAUCAUUAAUUCUGGUUUGGGAGAUUACUAGUGUGGAAUCAGAAGCAAAAAUUAAAAUAUACAAUCUCAGUAUUAUUCUCUUCAGAUCACAUGCCAAACCGACCCCUUCAUCCAUCCUCGUCUACAUAAUUACUGGCUUUUCUACACCUGGUCGAUUUUCACAUGCUUCCUGUACUCCUCGAGAGUACUUAGUCAAUACCUUUUUCUUGUUUCACACGUCUCACACAAUUCUAGCAGUAACACAAUGGAUCCCGCAUCUUUGAGCUUGUUGCAAUCUGCUGUGCACGACGAGGAGCAACGAGAUUUGGCAAUGGGAGAACUUUCCGGAGCCCAACUAUCACAACCACAAUCUCCCGGUGCUAAGUCGAAAAAGAGGAAGUCAAUAGAUGGAGGAGAAACCGCGGUGCCCGAAAAGAAAAAACGUUCUUCAAUCGCAUGUACAAAUUGUAGAAGUCGAAAAGUACGAUGUGACGUGGAGCGUAGUGAGCGCGUUAACGACGCUGGAGAAAGAGUAUGUAACAACUGCGCAAUUGAUGGAAUACAAUGCUUAGUCCCUGGAAGUAAAAGGAGAAGAACCAAACGAGGUAGUGCCGAUGUCGCCGCCGAAGCAGUUCCCCUCCAAGCCUACACGGAUGGUAUUGCAUACCCUCCACAAGCGUCAAAUAAUGAGAUAAGACGGGCAUCUGGGCCCAGCGCUCCAUCCCAAUCUCAGCAUAUACGUGAGCAUGUACCUCACUCAAUUUACCAGUCAGCCCUUCAUUCGAAAGAAGUCGAUAGUAUCGAUGGGCAAAAGCUGGCACAGCUUGCGCAUCGAGCUUCUAUGACCGGCGAUCUGGUUCGCACGCGUCUAGCAUCGUCUCCACCGCCUUCAUUGAAACAUUCACUUCCGGCUUACAUCAACCCCCUCCCUUCGAAAAUGACCUCUGUCGAUAUAGACUACCUUUGGGCGAAAAGCGCAUUACUCAUUCCCGAACCUCCCUUACGAAACGCUUUGCUCCAAGCCUUCAUUGAAUACAUUUAUCCAUAUAUGCCACUUCUAGAAUUACACAAAGUUUUACAGAUAAUCAAUGAUGAAGGGGGAUCUGGCGCAAUGAGUCUCUUGCUUUUCCAAUCGAUAAUGUUUUCUGGAACAGCUUUUGUGGACAUGGAAAGCUUGAAGCGCGCUGGGCACCGUACGAGGAAAGCAGCGAGGAAAGCAUUUUUCCAGAGGGCCAGAGUUCUGUAUGAUCUAGACUACGAAAAUGACAUGCUAACUGUAGUGCAAUCUCUUCUUCUCAUGACAUACUGGUACGAAACGCCCGAGGAUCACAAAGACACUUGGCAUUGGAUGGGCAGAGCGAUUGAUCAUGCAUAUACGCUUGCGUUGCAUCGAGAUCCGAAGGGAAUAGAUGCCGACCAUAAACUAAGAAAACGAGUAUGGUGGUCAUGUUUUAUGAGAGAUCGACUUAUCGCAUUGGGAAUGAGACGUCCGACUAGGGUUAAGGAUGAAGACUGUGACGUACCAAUGUUGGUUGAAGGCGAUUUCGAGAUCAAGGCACUCGAUCCGCGGAUUACUAUAAUUUCCUCGAGUUGUUCUUUGAUACGAGAUGUUGAGGCUCAGCGAGAGUUGGCACUCAUGUGUAUCUCGAAAGCUGAAUUGUGUCUAUGUAUCAGCCAAAUCUUGGUAGCUCAGUACUCGGUCCUCGGAAGACAUCAAGGUGUUUCUAGUCAAUCUGAAAGCACUACAUCACAGAUUAUGCUGUUUCCCAAGAAGUCGGCGUCGUCAGAAGAGGUCGAGCAAUGCGAUCUGGCACUCGAUCACUGGAAGAAAAAUCUUCCCCAAGCAUGUGUCUACUCGAAUGAGUUGAGAAAAGGAAACAGUGGGCAACCGUUGUUUGUGGCAUGUUCAUUGUUACACAUGAUAUAUUUCACUGCGACCUCUGCCUUGCACAGGCCACGAGUUUUACCUGCAGGGCCAAACCAACCGGAACCACAAACGCUUUUUGCGCUUUCACGUGAAGUAGUGACCAACGCUGCUAUUGGGACAACGAACAUUGUUCAUGAUAUGCAUAAUUAUGAUCUGGAGAGAUAUCUUCCUACUACAGGCGUGACAGCUCUACUUCCAGCCAUCAUUAUUCAUUUGCUGUUGGUCAGGUCCCCACAGGAGAAUGAGCGACAGCCUGCUCUAGAAGGAUUUUGUCUAUGCAUGACUGUUCUCGAGAGUUUGCGCGAUAAUUACUCUUCAGCGGAUUACGCUACUCAAUUCUUAGAGGCAGCCGUUCGAAAAGCAGGCAUGGAAGAUAUCAUAGGCCGUGCCAGAGAAGCGGCAAGACGCGAAGAUGCUAAGCGCAAAGCCGCUUUGGCAUAUGAGAAGAAGCGAGCACAGCUCGAACGCGCACAGCGGUCUAUGGAUGAAAGGAUUACACCACCAGUCGACACCCAGUUAAAUGGUUUCGAGUCUUUGGGAACUCUCGUUGAUAGUUCAACGGCGAUAUACAAUGGCCACUUUGCCCAUUCACCUCCAGAUAGUGACGCUGUUCUUGGUGGAACGGGCUCGAAAGUUGCCCAUGAUCCAAAUGAUAUGUUUGAGUUUUUGGACAUUAACUACAACGAUGGCGGGGAAUCGGGAGGGUUUUAUGAUAUGGAUCUAUUCAGUAGAGAGAUUCCGGGAUUCGGUAGCAGAAUGCCUAGCCCUCAACCUGGAGAUAAUCUUGCGCUGUUCGAUCAACCUUACAUGGAUGUUCUGGGCAUCUAAUUAUGUUUGAUGGCUUUAGAUGUGGAGUUGUCUUCAUUUGAUCAUUCUCAUAUUUGGUCGAUGGAAGCUGACAAUCCCAAGUAAGACUUGGCAUAUGGCGUACUGGGAAAUGGUUCGAUCUUAUAGCUUUUGAUGAACCCCUCAAUGGGCAAUGUUGGUACCUAUUAGAAUGGGAUGGUGAAUAAAUUGGCGUUCUGGUCUAAAAUUUCGAGGUACUAUCGAUUGACACUAGUCUCGUUUGGCAAAAUUUGAGGUUAGACAUGGACGAAACUCUGAAUCAUGUCUUGGAAUAAAAAAUGGCGUCGCUUCUUAUAUGGUUUGGUUGGGCUGGGUUGGAAUGGGUUGGUGCUCGAUAAAUGAUUUGACGUCUGCAUUCAAGUUCUUUGUCUUAAAUGUUGAAUGAGAAUGAUGGGUCUGUGGUGUAUGGCUUACUCUCAGGCGGCGACUGAGGUUCUGGGAUAGAAUAUAAUGAAGAGGAAAUAAAGAUAGAUAGCCGGACCACAUUAUGGAUAGGCUUGAGGUGUUGAGUUAAAUUACAAAAGUUGAUCAUUCAACAGCUCUUAUAAUUGAAUGAAUGAAUCGAUUGGUGACCGGUAUAGUAUUAUGUUUUUUGAUACCAUGAUGAUGAAUUUCCUUUUCUUGACGUUGUGAGACGUACAUGAAGAUUGGGACGAUAAUGAGGUCGAGUUUCGAGAAAUGGGAGAAGUGAAGAGA